GUCUUGAUGUCAUCCGGUAUCUUUUUCCGCCCAGUGCCAGCUGAACAACUCGAAUCAGCCCUUGAGAUUGAGCUGAAAGGGUUUCCACCAGAUGAGGCUGCUACUCUCGAGUCAUUUAGUCUUCGACAACGCGUUGCCCCCGAUCUUUUCCUUGGUGCAUAUAUGGAUGAACGCCUUGUGGCCUACGUCUGCGCAACUCUUUCGUCCCAGUUAACAUUAACCCAUGCAUCUAUGUCGACUCACGAGCCUACUGGAAGAUCGGUCUGCAUUCACUCCGUUUGUGUCGACCCCGCCUUUCAGCGCCAAGGGAUUGGUCUCAGACUCCUUUGCGAAUAUAUAUCGCGUCUCCAAGCGCCUUAUGAGCGUGUGCUACUCAUCACCCACGAGCCACUACGCUUAUUUUACGAGAAAGCAGGCUUCCAAUGGCUUGGCCCAAGUCAGGUCGUGCAUGGGCCAUUGCCAUGGUUCGAGAUGCGAAUCGAUCUCUCUACCACUCUGCCCCAGGGAGCGCAUGAAGCACUACAACGCCCUUCAAAUCCCGAACCCGCCGGUGCUCGCACCUUGGCAUCUUUUCCAGCCGGUCUUUCUGAUGUCUCCUCUCCGUCUGCCAAUCGAUAUGAUCUCUUGUGUCCUCGGCCAGAGUGCGGAAGCAUCAUACUCAAGGCUGGGGUAGGCAAACUUGUCCAAGCACCAAGCACUAAGAUUGACUUGGCUAGUCAUCCAUUGCUGCCUACAUUGCCUGACCCAAGUAUUAACACCCAUUGGUGGCUUGUUACACCAUCGCCCAUGCAGUUUGAGAACAUCGGGUUCUCCCGACCGGUUGCCUCCCUUGGCGACAACAUGAAGCUUAUUGCAUGCGCCGAGUGCGAUCUUGGUCCUCUUGGAUGGUGUCAACAAGGCGGUUCCGAGUUUUGGCUUGCUUGUUCACGAGUUUCGUACAGGACUUGA